UAAAAUGUGUUUGACAGGAAUCUGAACGAGAGGAGGGGGCGGCGGCACACGAGUGGAAAUCCGCACCUUCAAGAGAUCGCCAUCACUUUCCCCCACCUCGUCAAUCUCCAGUCGCGGGCAGUCCGUUAACUGCGGGGAAGCGAAUGCGGUGAAUAAUUUGGAGGCUCAGCAACAGGGCACACAGAGUACAGGAUGCCGCUGACUCUAUCAACCCCGCGCGCGGGGAGCUCCCGCGACUAGCGCCGCGCAAAGUAUCCAAAAGGAGAAUGCGAAUGGUUAGAGAUGACAGGAUUCAAUUAAUAUGGAAACGAUGUAACUUCACCGCCGCAUUGCAUAUAGCUCGGGGAAACAGGUUAGAAAGAAGUAGAUAGCUAAAUAGGGCGCAUUUUGCCGUCAUACAUGCAAACUUACUCAUCAUCAAGCUCAACUAGCCUGUAGUUGGCUGCAACAAAAGGAACACAUUCAGUGUCUUCAGAUACCAAAGAAGACAGAAGAAUUAAAGAUGUUACGGAUGAGGCUCAACCGAUUGUGUGGAGGAGAUGAGAAGCGAGUGGACAGCAGGACAAUCUAUGUAGGACAUCGGCCAUGUCUGGACACAGAGGCCUUCAUCCCCUCCAAAUUCUGUGACAAUAGGAUUGUGUCCUCCAAGUACACCGUUUGGAACUUCCUGCCAAAGAACCUAUUCGAGCAGUUUAGAAGAAUUGCUAAUUUUUACUUCCUCAUCAUAUUCUUGGUGCAGGUGAUUGUUGAUACCCCAACCAGCCCCGUGACCAGUGGUUUACCUUUGUUUUUUGUCAUCACAGUGACGGCCAUCAAACAGGGUUAUGAGGACUGGCUGCGACACAAAGCAGACUACGAGGUGAAUAAGUACCCGGUGACGGUGUUAGAGGAUGGGCGGUCAGUGAAGAAGGAGAGCGAGAGGAUCAAGGUGGGCGAUGUGGUUGAAGUGGUGGAGGACGAGAUCUUUCCCUGUGACCUGAUACUUUUGCAGUCCACUCGUGAAGAUGACACUUGUUUUGUCACCACAGCCAGCCUGGAUGGAGAAUCCAACCAUAAAACACACUACACGGUGCCAGACACAGAGAAGGACCUACAGGCUCUCUCGGCCACCAUUGAGUGUGAACAACCCCAGCCUGACCUCUACAAGUUUGUGGGCCGAAUGCACAUCUACAAGGCGGACCAGGAACCAGCAGUAAGAUCUUUGGGCCCAGAGAACCUUCUCCUCAAAGGUGCUACGUUGAAAAACACCAAGAAGAUUAAUGGUGUCGCAGUAUACACUGGCAUGGAGACAAAGAUGGCACUCAACUACCAGGGCAAAUCUCAGAAACGAUCCGCUGUUGAAAAAUCCAUCAAUGCCUUUCUGUUGGUGUAUCUGUGUAUCCUCAUCAGUAAAGCUGUUGUGUGUACUACACUAAAGUAUGUAUGGCAGAGCAAAGAAGGUCAGGACGAGCCCUGGUACAACCAGAAAACGCAGAAGGAGAAAGACACUAAUAUGUAUUUGAAGAUGUUUACAGACUUCCUGUCCUUCAUGGUCCUUUUCAACUUUAUAAUCCCUGUGUCCAUGUACGUCACUGUGGAGAUGCAAAAAUUCCUGGGCUCUUUCUUUAUCACUUGGGAUAAAGACUUCUUUGACCCGGAGAUCCAAGAGGGCGCGCUCGUCAACACUUCAGACCUCAAUGAGGAACUUGGCCAGGUGGAAUAUGUAUUCACAGACAAGACGGGCACGCUGACCCAGAACAACAUGGAGUUCAUCGAGUGCUGUAUAGACGGCUUCCAGUACAGACACGGAGACGAGCUGGACGGCUUCACUGUGACAGACGGGCCUGUGAGUAAACUGCAGCAGAAGGCUGGACUGGAGAAAGAGGAGUUGUUUCUGCGGGCCCUGUGCCUGUGCCACACGGUGCAGGUCAAGGAGGACGGAGCGGACGAAUCUCCUAGGGACCAAGUUGAUGGUGUUGAUGGGAUGUUUCCCCAGCCAGAGGAGGAAAGAUGUUUCAUCGCAUCUUCUCCUGAUGAGAUCGCACUGGUCAAAGGAGCCAUGAGAUAUGGCUUCACGUUUCUUGGUUUGGAGAGUAAGAACAUGAAGAUCAAGAACAGGCAAAAUAAUAUAGAGGAGUAUAAAUUGCUUCAUGUCCUAAACUUUGACCCAGUCCGACGAAGAAUGAGUGUCAUCGUGCAGACCAAAUCAGGGGAGAUGCUGCUUUUCUGUAAGGGAGCUGAUUCCUCCAUCUUCCCAAGAGUCAAACCAGAGGAGGUGGACAGGAUUCGGUUGCACGUUGAGCGAAAUGCAACGGAGGGUUACCGUACACUGUGUGUUGCCUUUAAGCAGCUGAGUGCUGAGGAGUAUGCCAUGGCAGACGCUGGGCUGAGGGAGGCGAGACUGGCUCUUCAGGACAGGGAGGAGAAACUCAUGGCCAUUUAUAACCAAGUGGAGACGGGCAUGAGUUUGAUUGGAGCGACCGCUGUAGAGGACCGACUUCAGGAAGAGGCAGCGGAGACCAUGGAGGCCUUGCAGGGUGCAGGGAUAAAAGUUUGGGUGCUGACGGGGGACAAAAUGGAGACUGCCAAGUCCACCUGCUAUGCCUGCCGCCUGUUCCAGAGGGGUACGGAGCUACUGGAAUUGACUGUGCGGACUCUGGAGGAUGGGAGGACAAAGCGUGAGGACAAACUUCUUGAGUUGUUACGAGACUACCAUAGAAGAGCAGUGCAGGAUGCCCCACCUGUCAAAGCAGGGGUCACCAGGAGUUGGUCUACAGCAAAUCAGGAGUACGGCUUCAUCAUAGAUGGUGCUACGCUGACGUUGUUGAUGAACCCACCCCGUGAUGCAGAUGCCAGCCUGUACAGGAGCCUCUUUCUGCAGAUCUGCCAGAACAGCACUGCCGUGCUCUGCUGCCGCAUGGCACCCCUGCAGAAAGCUCAGAUCGUGAAGAUGGUGAAGAACUCCAAAGGCUCCCCAAUCACUCUCUCCAUUGGCGAUGGGGCCAAUGACGUUAGCAUGAUUCUUGAGGCACAUGUGGGCAUUGGUGUUAAAGGUAAGGAGGGUCGUCAAGCUGUGAGGAACAGUGAUUAUGCCAUCCCUAAACUCAAGCACUUAAAGAAGCUUUUGCUGGCUCAUGGGCAUCUCUACUAUGUGCGCAUUGCUCAUCUUGUCCAGUACUUCUUUUAUAAGAAUCUUUGCUUCAUAUUACCUCAGUUCCUUUACCAGUUUUUCUGUGGAUACUCUCAGCAGCCCCUGUACGACGCAGCCUAUCUGACGAUGUACAACAUCUGCUUCACCUCCAUGCCCAUUCUGGCCUACAGCCUGCUGGAACAGCACAUGGCCAUAGAGGUUCUGCUGGACAAUGCCACCCUCUACAGAGAAAUAGCCAAAAAUGCCAUGUUACGCUGGCGUCCCUUCCUCUACUGGACAGUAUUAGGAAUUUUUCAGGGUCUCAUGUUCUUCUUUGGUGUCCGCUUCCUGUUCAGCAAUCCAGCACUGCAGGAUAAUGGCCAGGUCUUCGGAAACUGGUCUUAUGGAACAAUUGUCUUUACAGUCCUUGUUUUCACUGUGACAUUGAAGCUGGCUUUAGACACGCGGCACUGGACGUGGAUCAACCAUUUUGUGAUCUGGGGCUCAUUGGCCUUCUAUGUUUUCUUCAGUUUCUUCUGGGGAGGCAUCAUAUGGCCGUUUUUGAAGCAGCAGCGUUUGUACUUUGUGUUUGCUAACAUGCUAAGUUCAGUGUCUGCCUGGCUGGUUAUCAUCAUCCUCAUUCUCCUCAGUCUUCUGCCAGAGCUCCUUUUGGUGGUUCUCCGCAAGCCCAGAGGCCCCCAUUCACGACAGAUGAAACGACGUCUUCCUUCCUCUGGGACAUCCACUAUCUUCAUGCUGUCGCAGACUGCUAGCACUCACAGCUUUUCCUGGAGUGACUGAGCUGUCAGAGGAAACUUCAACUUACACAGACAGAUGGCUGCUGUCACACCCCUCUCCUAUAAGCAUCUGAUGGAGCGCUACUGAUGGACACGGACAGCUUUGGGUUAAGACUACUGAUGGGACCCUCACAUCUUCCAGGGUCGCUGCCCUUCCUCCUGCCUGUUUAAAAGCAACAUGGCAUUUGGAACCACCUUAAACUGCUCAAACCAGUCCUUGAUCCAGCAGUCCUCUUUCCACCUUUUCUGUCAUGUCCUUUCACUUCUCUCAAAGCCUCUCAUCUCAGAACGAUUCCAUGUGACAACGUUUUCUGCCCUGCCCUACUGCCAUACUCUCAUAUUGAACAGUACCGGGAUAAAUGUGCCGCUGAAGAAGUUGUCUGUAGCGCUCAACUGCUGCAGAAUGUAAUGUUGCAUGACCCCCUAAAAGAAAAAAAAGUCCUAUAAAUACCCUUUUCCUUCGUCAACAUGCUCUCUGGUUACUUUGUUAGCAGAUAGUCGGGUCCCUUUUGUGAUCGGUUAACACGUGUGAUCACAAUCCCAGAUCGUAGUUUUGAGUUUCGUGAUAUGUAGCUGUUCGAGAUCCCUAAAUGUGAGCUCUCUCUAAGAUGCUGCACUGAGGGCACUGACCCUAUGGGUAUUAAAGCUGCCUUUCAACAACUUGCUGUUUGUUACACCACAUGGAGUUCUGGGAUAUCCCACGGUGCCCGACAACUCUGUACAUGUACGUGUGAAAAAUCGUACUAAACGUACUGUCAGUUUUCAUUGUUACUCUUUGUUGAAACGGGGAUCAGUUUACAGUUGGAUUAUAGAUGUAAGAAAUGUUACUGGUGAAAUGUGGGAAUAAUUACUUGAUGCCAAAAAAAAGCAACCAUCUCUCUUCCAUUUUUCCUUGAAGGUGAAUUGUGCGUGGAAACGGCACAUGCUAAGUCCUCAAAGCAAAGUUAAUUGUGUAUUUAGGAGUGAGCUUCACUGCUCUAAAUAAGCCAGAACUCAAAAACGUCCGUAUGCAUGCGUUUUACUGUUUUGAAGUUACUGAAUGAAUCACUUAAAAGGGGUGGAGCUUAGGUCAGUGAAAUAGGAGCUGUAGGUCCACAUGCCUAUUAAAACUCAUGUUUGCCCCCUAGUGGUUAGGAGGGAAUGGAUCUUCAUUCUACUUUCUUCAAUUCUGAAUACAUUCCAUUUCUAUGUGUCAUGAUUUCAUCACCUUUAAGAUUAUAACUGAAUUAUUUUAUUCUUACUAUGUGAUUUCUUUUUUACAUAUUUAUUGUACCUUGUAAUUAUACGCAUAAAUGUUAUAUUUUUGUUAGAAGAAUUUCCUUCUCUUAAAUUAAUCAUUAUCAGCUUGUGCCAAUUGAUUUUUUUUUUUUUUGCUUGUGCAAUCCGCUGUUGAACAGAUUGGGUUUCUAUUUCUUGUAAGCCUGAGCAGAACCUGUAGACCAGCAGCUCUGGGCUCUUUCUCUGAUAAGAGAUCAGUCCGAUAUGUCCUAUAUGGUGUGAAUGCAGCUGAAAUCUCUGUGUCCCUUUAAUAUGUUCUUCUUUUUGCUUGUUGCCCAAACUGGGUGUUAGAAGAGCCAGUGUGUUUCUUGAUUAUAUUUCUCUUAAAACAAUGCCAUAUGAAAAAUGUCCCCAUUCCAGCUUCAACUACUGUAUCUCCAAGUGUGUGUGUGGAUUAUCCAAGGGGAAGUGGUGUGUGUUAGACCUCUGACUGUGUCAUGAUGCUAAGCAUCUUAAGCUCAGCUCCAAAUCUUGGGCCGGGUUUAAUCCAGCUGUAUCACAGCCCAGCAUAACCACCAGGCCUUCUUUUCAUUUCUGAUUACAUCAUGAAUUAGCUUUCCAGAGAAAAUAUAUCAGAGCUCUAUUUGCUUAUCAACUAGACAUGUAAGGCCAGUUGGGGUGAUGUUUUAGUGUGAACAUGAAUCCCUCUCUCUCUCUCUCUUUCUUUUUCACAUUCAUGUGUUUGUUCAGCUCAGUUUAAGAGGGGUAAACGGAACUUGCCUGCAAUGUUUGAAAGUUCCAAACAGACCUUUAAAUUACUUCAGAGAUGCUAUUUUCAAAGCUUAUGAUAAUUCUUGGAUUCUCAUGUUGCCUGAAUAUAUAUAAAUAUAUAUGAAAUUAUUUGAUUGUAUUUUUAAUGAAACUUUUUGAGCCACUUUUUGUAAGAAAAAGAAAAUCAAAAAAAAAAAAAAACAACGAAAAAAGGCAGCCUGAUUGUGGAGCGUGAGGCAGGGCUGAGGUGUGUUGCUGUGAAAUGAAUCAGGCACUAACUUGGUCAGCCCUGCUCCCUCCAUCAUGUCCCUCAGGCUCCAGCUGAUCUGAAUGUACCUCUCAAGACCAGUCUGUUUCAAACUUUUCUUAAAUAAAAGCUGUUUUGAAAGAA